AUGUACGGGAUUGCGGUGUUGGUAUCGACCGAUUUGCAAUUGGGUUUAAGACCGAUUUAUUUUUGUUGGAUGAGCUUCAAUCUCGUUUCUACCAUUUGUGUAGAACGAAAAAGUCACGCUUUUGAAUCUUUAUUGAUGGCUACGGUCACGAGGAUCAAGGGGGCACACCGUACACAUGCAUAUGAUCUUGCAGUAAAAACUCGGAAUUAUCUUUCGCACAAGGAUUUACUAGAAACAGUCCAACGAAUGCUUGAAGAAGCAAAAAGUGACAAUGUUAGUAUCGAUUCUCUAAUAUCCUUGGAAGAGCAGCUCAAGACUGCUCUGUCUGUAACUAGAGCUCGGAAUACAGAGCUAAUGAUGGAGCUUGUGAAGACCCUUCGAGAAAAGAGGAGAUUCAAUGCUCUUGCGAUCAAGAGAUUGAUGCAUUAUUGUUGA